UGCGUGCAUAACUCUUUACUGGCGCAAGACGCUCCCGUAGUGAUCGAUGCUUUUUGUCCAAAGACGUUCGCCAUAAGUGACGUAAUUAUCCGUGCUGCAUAUGUUAUGUUUGUGCUGGCGGUUUUGUUUGGAGCGGUUUGAAAUUUGGUGUUGCUUCUCUGUUUGUUUACGAUUGACGAACGUCUGUGGAAAAUGUUUAAAGAGAAGUUAUUUCUGUGUGUUUCUACCCUGCGUAUUUUUGGAUAAAAUGAUAAGUUCUUUUACUUAUAUCCGUACGACUGGGAACAAAGUGUUUUAUUCGUGAAUCUGCAGUAAGUUUACUAGAGCACUAUAUCUCGUUAGGAAGCUAAAAUGUUAUGUUGUUCUCGUCGUCGUCGUCUCAGUCUGUUGAUUUAUUUGAUGCAGCUGUCACUCUCCAUGCUACUCUAUAUUGUGCAAGUCUCUUCAUCCCGCAGUAACUACUGCAACAUACCACCUCAAUCUGCUUAUUGUAUUAAUGUCUUAGCCUUACCCUGUGACUUUUACUUCACCCCACACUUCCCAUACUAAAUUGGUGAUCUCUUGAUGUCUUAGAAUGUGUCUUGUCAACUGAUCCCCUCUUUUGGUGGAGCUGUGCCACAAAUUUGCCUUAUCACUUUUAUUCAGUACCUUCUCAUUAGUGAGGUAAUUUACCGCUCUAAUUUCUAGCAUUCCUCUGCAGCACCACGUGUCAAAAGCUUCUAUUCUCAUCUUGUCUAACAUGUUUAUUGUCUAUGUUUCACUUCCAUGCGUGUCCACAUUGUAGACAAGUAGUUUCACUAAAGCCUUCCUAAUACUUUAAUCUAAUUCAAUGGUUUAUAUCCACUCACCCCAAGUAGCAAAAUUCUUGGGCCAUUCCAUGUCAAAUCAACACACUUUAAAUAAAAAUUUGACCUCACCCUCUUAGAUUUUGUUGAAAGGUGGUUUACUUAUAGUGGGUGCUCAAUCUAAGAACAAUACCAAAUUUCAAUUUUUACCGCAAUACAUUCCUGAAAUAUGGUCUUGUAAACUUUUCAAAAACUGCCCAAAAAUGUAUGAAUGGGCUUUAUUUAAAUCGCCCUAGGAGCUGCCCUAAUUGAGCUAGAGAGCUAGUAUCUGCUCCUGAUGAACAAUGGACAUCUUUAAAAAGCCAGAAAGGGUUCUACCAAGGAAAACAGUAAAGUGUAGCAAACAAGAUACACACUACUGUGCAAGACUCGAGUCCUCUGUAACAUCCGCUUCCCCAUCAACAUCACUUUGUUCACAACAGUCUAAAUGCAAUAACUAUAGCUAUGCUGCGAGUUUUUACAAAAGUGUUAUAAAUAGUAGUACUUUAUCCAAUGACUCAAGAGUUCUACAUGAUUCUUCUCAAUUACACAGUUCUGUAAAGAAGUUUGGUGAAACUAUGUGGCUUGAGCUUAUAAAUACUGCCAGUAAGUGGCAGGUUGAGGGAUUUGCUGAAAAGUGCAAGGAAAUGAAAAUGAGGGCAGCUCUGUCAAAAGGCAAUUUACAUAAGAAAGUGGUGUUCUUUGAAAGAUGGUGGUGCGUUUUAACAGAUGAACUCGAUCUCUGCAUUCAGGGAUUUGUGGAGAACAAGAGUGGUAUGGUUCAGACUGAACCAAUAAUAAAACGAAUGGAUUCCCAUACUGUGGCCAGUCGAAAUUAUUUAUGCAAACUGAAAAAUUUCAGUGAUGAAGACUGUGUUUCAGGCUUACCACACUUCAUUAAAAACAGAUUUGCUUGUGGAUUCCCUGAAGACUGGAAACUGUUAAGAAGACAAUGGACCAUGUUUUUAAAAGCAGGAGAACCACAAGAUUUUCAGUGGAAGGGAAAUGACAAUGCAGCUAUUUUAGACAACUGUUCUUCCAUCCAAAAGUCCCCUGGACAAUCAUCACCAGAAAGUAGUUGUGAGGAAUUCACAAACAAAACUCAGAAGAGAAAUUCAUUGCUUGACAACAAUAAAUUCACAGAAAGAGUUCUUGGACUUGGUUCUAAUAACGCUGUAGUUGAAACACGUGAUACUAAAAAUACAGGAAACCGGCCAUGUUUAGAAGAUGAAAGAACUAACUGUGGAAUCCCGAAAAGAAAUGAACCAGAAUGUAGCAACACUGCUACAACUACAAAGAAACAUUUUCUGGCAACUAAAAGAAGCUUCGAUGUUGUUAAUGAUAGUGAAGACUCAAGCGAUGAAGAUAAUGGCAUUGUCAACUUGGAGACGAAUUGCCAAGAUGCAAAAAUCAAUGAUAUGCAGUAUGGAAAUAAGGAACAGUCGGUUGUCAUGAGAAGAAAUAAUACACCUCAAGCAUUGGUGGGUGAUGAAGUAUUACUGGAGAAGUGGCUGCCUGUCUUGAAGGGGAGACAACUCUGCUUCAAAGGAGUCAGGUGUACAGGGAACACAUAUAACGAUCACACAACAGCUGCAGUAAAAUCAAGACUUAAAAGUGAUACUGUGACACUUGUUGAUGGCAGUAUCUGCAAGCUUAUAGGACAGUUUCAUGAUGUACAAAAUUGUUUGCCUGCAGAAAUUGGAUCUAAGUUCAAAUGUGGAAUGCCACUGCAUUGGCGGAAAGUAUUAGAUAUGUGGAUUACCUAUGCCAACACUGCUAAAGGUACAUCUGCUACAAGAAGUGAAUCAUCACACUUGAAUAACCAGCAACAAGGAAAUGUGAAAACAAGCUCACGGGGCCGUAUUUUGCUGCGACCAGUGAAACACUGGUUAGGUGAGACUCCUUCAUCAGUCAUUAACUGUAUGGCAGACAACAAUAAAGAGAAAAAUAACAACGUACGAGAGAAACUGUGGAAUGAUCAGGGCUCAAAUGCUUUGCCUGCUGUGAAAAGUGACAGAGUGCAAAGUGCAGGUGACAAGAAAAAAUGUAAGAUGUCGAACAAGCCGGAGGCAGUACCACCAAAAAGCAUAAAAAAUGCAGUCAACUCAACACGAAAGAAAGAAUUAGUUUACAGAAAUGUAAAAAAAAGUAAAAAAAAACGACAGCCAUCUAUACCUGACACAGACAAAGUUGUGAAUAGUGAUGCUUUAGAUGGCAAUAACUGUCCAGAAAAUCAAUUUGAAAACCCAAUUCAUUUUACAGAUUCAGAAAGGAGAGUUCUGAAGAGCGGAAACAAACAAAUCAAUGCACAAAAAGAAAGUCCCAAUGCCAUAAUGUACAAGAACAAAAGUGCUGGUGUUGGUAAGAAUGUAGUUUCUCAUAGUAUCCACUCAAGUAAUAAAAUUAAUUAUGGAAAUUUAAAGCCAAAUACUACAGUCCAAGUAUUCGGCAAAGAUAGUAAAGGUUCCACCAAUGACAAAAAUAGUAAGCACGCCACCAAGAAAACUAAAAAUAUGAAAACAAGUGAUAUGAGUUAUGAUUUUACAGAUUUUCUCGGGAAACCCCCACGUACCCUGAAGCAGAGGAAGAAACUGGCCAAAAUAGUCAAAACACUGUCACAAAAUAACAAACAAAAUGUGGAUUUUUUUGAUGAUACUGCAGAAGAUCAUGAAAAUAGCAGGGCGGAUUGGGAUGAUUUUAUAGAUUUGAGUGAUUGUGCAACUUUUAACAUUGGAGAGGAAACACCACGUUCAAAGUUACUUCAUGGAAGUUGUUUCAAGACACCUGACCCUUCUCCGUCACGCUCCAUAUUCCAGAUAACACCAUGUGAUAGUGGUGAAGUGCUGCGAUACGUUCAUCAACAGAAGACAAAAAAUGACAGAGCUGUCGAAAAGAAAGAUGCAAAGAAAACAAAAUUAUCUUUUAUUCAUACCACAACAGAAAAUCAGGCUGUGAAUGACAUAUAUGCUGCACUUCUGAAGGGAGAAACCAUCCCAAAACAUAUAAUAACUAAAGCAAUGAAUGUUGACAGUGAUGAUAGUUCAUCUGAAUCUUUUGACUGAUGUAAUUAACAUAAAUAGCUGGGCCAUAGUAUUUUAUGUGCUGUACAGUGAUGGCUUGUCUGAUUAGUUUAAUCUCUCUGUGGCCCAAGGUAUAAAAUAAAAUUUACUAAUAAUUUUACUAAUGCUUUUUUAUUUUUGGGAAGAUAAUGAUAUUUUACAUUUAAUAAAUAUAACAUUUUAAAUAAAAAUUAAUUAUGAAAUUC